GAGCUCGCGUCGUCAGUUCCGAGAGAACCGUGUUCGUUACAAGUUGCGUGUGGAGGACGCUCGCCGCGACGACGCGAUACCUUAUUUAGUACCAACAGCUACCUACCUCCGGUUGUUUUAGUUUUGCUUUUAUUUUGGGCGGUGUGCGGAGUGAUUAUCAAUCAUUUACCCCCCUCGCGUGCGGAUUUUAUGCUGUUGAACGUUUUUCGUUAUGCUGAAUGCAGAGUAAAAGUCAUCGUUGCGGAUAGCACUGUGGGAAGCAAUACAGAGCGAGUUCAGUUCGAAUAAGGUUAAAUUUAAGUUGGAACCUGAGAGGAGCUCAAUAAAGGAACGAGGAUGAACUACGGACGGAAGACACCGUCGACCUACAGGUCGACACCAUCGGUUUACUCGCACAUCACCAGCCGAUCGCAGUCGAAUUUACACUCACAGCGAUCACGAUCAAUGAAAUCCGUUCAAAUUCCGUGGUACCAAAAACCGAUGCUGCACAAUAACAAAUACAUCGACAUCCAGCGGGGAGCGAUCAUUACCGGGACGUUCUCGAUCUUUGUCGCCAUUUUCACGAUCGCUACUGCCAUUUUCGACGUGUACUGCCUGGCCAUGGCCGCCCCCGGGUCCACCCACUAUGGAUACUACAUAAUCUCGUACGAGUUCGUAUACGUCGGUAACAAGCACGUGCGAAAUGCAUUGAUGAUCGCGGCAUUGUUCUCGUUAAUUGGCGGCUUGGUGGUACUGGUGACCAGUAUCAUGUUGGUGCACGCCCUCCGUAAAGAGCAUGAAAACCGAGUCGUGCCAUGGCUGUGGACUUUCGCCAUAUUCACACUGUUCAGAUUCUUGGCACUGCUGCUGUUCUCGAUCGUGAACGAUCUGAUAUUCGCGUACAACGUCAUAAUCACCUUGAUCUGGAUCCUGGUCAUCUUGGCAUCGGUGUACGGAUGGUUGAUGGUCUACACGCUCUAUCUGGAGCUUUCCGACUUGACCAAACUGGAGGAUUUGGCCCACCUGAGAAUGGGAACGAUGCAGUCGCUGAACGCCUCGGUGGCCCAUUCCUUGGCUGGAUCACGCCCCACGACGCCGCACAGUACAGUUUCCACCAUGCCGGUUGGCGGGGUAGUUUAGGGGUACGGAAAACCUAGUCGGAACCGUCCGCCAAGGCCAGAAUCUCGAUGUUAACAAAACAACACAAAUGACACAACAAUCAGAAUGGUUGAAGUAAUAAGAAUUAUUGGGGAACUAAGUCCCUCGGCGUAAUAUGACUAAGUGAUAUACAUAAUUUUAUGACUUUUUUUUACCGCGCUGCAUUUUGACGCUCUCAUCACUUCGCCAUAUUACGGCAGUAUGUAUUGAAAACUGAAGCCGUCCGUGUUUGAAAAUUAAGAUUUUAGAUGUUAGUCGUUUACUAAUUGUAAUCAAUCGAAAUCGAACGAACUGUAUAGAUGUGCCUUUUUUCAAAAGUGAUUAAAGCAACAUUCAAAUCGUGUUUCUUCUAAUCCACUUCUCGUACUUGUACCAAUAAUGAACCCAACUCGGUUGCACACGACCAAGAUGAAGAGAAAUAACUCUUCCACUAGAUUUAUACUUGCCUAGAAUGUAAGAACAGAAAAUGAAAAAAUAAAUCCAAAUAAUAAAAACAAA